AUGUCAGGUAAAACAUCGUGGCCUGAACUGGUUGGUCAACCAGGCGAAGAAGCUGUUGAAAUAAUUCAAACAGAAGCUCCAAAUAUGAAUGUGAAAAUAUACAAACCAAAUGACCCUGUGACAUACAAUAUUGACCCAACUCGUGUAUGUGUUCAUGUGGAUGAAGAUGGCAUAGUUAAGUUACCACCAACCACUGGACCAAUAUUUGCAUUAUUGAAACAAUUGCGAAUCGUACUUCCAAAUCUUUUGGUUUCAGCUCUUUCAACAAUAACUAGUGCACUUAGUCAACUAGAUGGAUAUACACUUUGUAGUAAUGGCAAUGCCCAUGAUGUUCGUGGUUGCGGAUGUGAACAUUCAACUAAAAAACUUAUAGGAAAUCACAAGUAUUAA